AUGGAUUUGGCAACCCACAAGAUUGCCCUCUACCUAGGUUUGAAGCUGGUCAAGAAAAAGUUAAGGAGAAUGCAGUCGGAGAUGUUGCUUAAUAUAAAAGAAGAGGUGCAAAAGCAAUGUGAGGCCGGGUUUCUAGAGGUAGCCCAAUAUCCUGAAUGGAUAGCCAACCUUGUUUCGAUAAUGAAAAAAAAUGGCAAAGUGCGAGUUUGCGUGGACUAUCGGGACCUAAAUAAAGCUAGCCCCAAAGACAAUUUCCCGCUCCCGCUUACUGAUGUGUUGGUGGACAACACCGUGGGGCAUGCUUUAUUUUCGUUCAUGGAUGGUAUUUCAAGUGACCACGAGAUGAACUUGGAGAAGUUAUUCAAAAGGCUUCGAAAAUGCCAAUUAAAAUUGAACCCGGAAAAGUGCACCUUUGGCGCUACUUCAGGAAAAUUGUUGGGGUUUAUUGUAAGCGAGAAAGGAAUCGAAGUCGACCUUGAUAAAAUGAAAGCCAUUCUGGAAAUGCCUAGUCCCAAGACUGAAAAGAAGGAGAAAGGAAAAUUUCCAGCUCAACCCCAACCCAAUCCACAAAGGCACAGUCAAUCAUCUCAAAAUACUAGUGAAGGAAGCAAUGUGAAAUCAGUGAAAGCUAUUACAACUUUGAGGAAUGGUAAGGUUUUGGGCGACCCUGUCCAUGAUGCAGGAAGCUCAGGUAAAAAUGCUAACCCUCCUCUUGAUAGUGGUGAGUCAAGCACUUUAAUUUCAAAUAAUGAUGCAUAUCCUAUACCUACACCGUUUCCACAAUGUUUUCUUUCUUUGCACAAGGAUAAACAGCAUGCUGAAAUCCUAGAAAUUUGUAAGCAAGUUAGGAUUAACAUUCCACUUCUAGAUGCUAUUAAACAAAUUCCUACUUAUGCUAAAUUUCUAAAGGAUUUAUGCACUGUAAAACGCAAAUUGAAUGUGCAGAAAAAGGCCUUCCUCACUGAGCAAGUCAGUGCCAUUAUUCAAAAUCACACACCACCUAAGUAUAAGGAUCCCGGGUCACCUACUAUUUCAUGUGUCAUUGGAAACUCAAAGAUAAGGCAGGCCUUGCUAGACUUAGGUGCGGGGGUUAAUUUGCUACCUUAUAGUGUGUAUGAACAAUUGGGGCUAGGGGAAUUGCCAUCUUGUUGGAAUGCUCAGGACAUCAGAAGGUUGAAGGCUGAAGCUAAGAAUUUCUUUUACGAUGAUCCUUAUCUCUUUAAAUAUUGUUCAGAUCAGAUCAUUAGGAAGUGUGUGCCUAACAAUGAAAUUUCUGCUUGUGAACCUUGUCAAAAAUUAGGGCAAAUCACUAGGAGAAACAUGAUGCCUUUGCAACCUAUACUAGUGAUUGAAAUUUUUGAUUGUUGGGGUAUAGAUUUCAUGGGACCAUUUCCUUCUUCUUAUGGCUAUGUAUACAUUUUACUUGCCGUUGAUUAUGUUUCUAAGUGGGUUGAGGCAGUCCCUUGUAGAACUAAUGACCAUCAAGUGGUUAUAAAAUUUUUGAAAGGAAACAUUUUUGCAAGGUUUGGCAUGCCUAAAGCCAUAACCAAUGAUCAAAGCACACACUUUUGCAACAAACAUGUUUCAGUCUUAUUGAAGAAGUAUGGUAUCCAUCACAAAAUCUCUACUGCUUACCAUCCUCAGACCAAUGGACAAGCUGAAUUAGCAAAUAGGGAAAUUCAAAACAUCCUUGAGAAAACUGUUAACCCAAACAAGAAGGAUUGGUCUUUGAGAUUGUCUGAUAGCUUGUGGGCCUAUAGAACAGCUUUUAAAACCAUUUUGGGCAUGUCUCCAUAUAGAUUAGUGUAUGGUAAGGCUUGUCAUUUGCCUGUAAAGCUAGAACAUAGGGCGUAUUGGGUUAUUAAACAAUGUAAUUUUAACAUUGAUGACACUGGUUGUGUGAGAAAAUUGCAAUUAUCUGAAUUGGAUGAGCUAAGGAUGGAUGCUUACAACAAUUCUAAAUUGUCCAAGGAAAGAAUGAAGAACUUUCAUGAUAAACACAUUCAGCGUAAGACUUUUGAGCCCGACCAACAGGUGUUAUUGUACAACUCUCGACUACACUUGUUUCCUAGCAAGUUAAGGUCUCGGUGGAGUGGACCUUUUGUGGUGAAGAUUGUUUUUCCUCAUGGUGCUGUAGAGAUUCUAAAUCCUCAAAAUGGCAAUGUUUUUAAGGUUAAUGGUCAAAGGCUGAAGCCUUUUAUUUCUAACUUUGCACAUGAGGAAUCUACUCUACAUUUGCUUGAUCCCACUUAG